AUGAACCAGGCUCUCCUCCUCGUAUGCUUCCUAGGAUUUUCGUCAGCUGUAGUGCUUCGUAACGAGCUGGAUGCCGCGAUGCCGUCUACGACAUGCAUCCACUGUUUGUGUCUACAGGAAUCAGGAUGCAAACCUAUUGGAUGUCAGCAAAAGAAUGGAAAAACUGCAUGUGGAUAUUUUUUGAUAGAUUUACCAUAUUAUAUGGCCUGCGGCCAAUUGGGACGUCAGAGCGGAGAAGAGGUUACACUUGCUUGGAAAAGAUGUGCUUCAGAUUUGAACUGUUCAACUCAAUGUGUGAAGAACUAUUACCAGAGCAACGCUCAGAACUGCGGAAACCAGAAGACGCCAUGUGAAGUGAUGGUUCGAAACCAUGAAGGAGGGCCUUAUGGAUGCUUGAAUGAUCAUACACUCCCUAUUUGGACUUCAGUUCAAAAGUGCUGUACUGGCCAAUGCUAA